AUGUCGAAUAACAGUCACAUAUGUACGUAUGUUACCUCUUGCAGUAUCUGCGUGACGGUGGUGGUGCUGAACGUCCACUUCCGGUCGCCGCAGACGCACACGAUGGCGCCGUGGGUGCGCCGCGUCUUCAUCCACGUGCUGCCGCGGCUGCUCGUCAUGCGCCGCCCGCACUACCGUCUCGAUCCGCAUCGAAGUCGAUUCGCCGGGCUGGCGGCCGCGGGCCCGCCGCCGUGGGAGGGCUCCCCCGGCGGCGGCGCGCCCCCCGCGCCCGCGCCCCCGCCCCCGCCCCCCGCCGCGUGCGCCGCGUGCCGCGCCUGCCGCCUCCACGACGCGCCCGCGCUGUGCGACGCGCUGCGCCGCUGGCACCGCUGCCCCGAGCUGCACAAGGCCAUCGACGGCAUCAAUUACAUUGCAGACCAGACGCGGAAAGAAGAGGAGUCCACCAGGGUCAAGGAGGACUGGAAGUACGUGGCGAUGGUCCUGGACCGGCUGUUCCUGUGGAUAUUCACGCUGGCGGUGGUGGUGGGGUCGGCGGGCAUCAUAUUGCAGGCGCCCACUCUGUACGACGAGCGCGCGCCCAUCGACGUGCGGCUCUCGGAGAUCGCGUACGCGACGGCCAAGCCGCGCCCCCCGCCGCCGCCGCCGCCGCCGGGCCCCCACUAG